CGUUGUCAUUCAGCAUGUUGUCAAUUUUGAAAGGUUGUCAUUUCAAUCAUCCAUUUAUGUAAUUUAAAAUAUUUUCCGCAGUUUCGCAUUUUACUCUUUACAGUAUUUACUACUCCACUCAAAUUGCUUUGAAAAUGUUUUCUAGUCAGAUAUUAAAAAUAUGUGUCGUUCCUUCACUGGCUGCUACAGCUGUACAGGUAGUUAAAACCAAAAACGAACCUCAAAAUAAGGAAGAGGAAUGUCUAAUGAGACCUAGUGAACUUCCCCUGUACACCCCAGAACCGACUUUGAAAUUACAACCGGUAGACCAUAGAAGUCCUCAAUUAGAUAAAAUUGAAAGUGCUAUCAGAUCUUUAAGAGUACAGUUGGUGAAAUUCAACCAUGAAUAUAAUCAAUAUAAAAAAGUUGGAGUCCAGGAAUUUCAUAAAAGAAAGGAUGAAUUAGACUGGGUCGUAACCUAUUUACAAGAAGAAAACAAUACUCUGCCAAAAGUAGGAGCAAUAGGCAUUGGUGCUUUAACAGGUUUAAUUUUUGGCCUUAGAGGAGGGUAUAUAAAAAGAACUCUAUAUGCUACAAUUGGUGCUUUGGGCAUCGGCGCUGUUUGUUAUCCUAAAGAAGCUUCUGAAUAUGGACAGAUUGGAGUUAUAGAGGGGAAGAAAUAUCUGUUAGUUACCUAUAAUUUUGUUACAGGAGCAAAGAAAGAUGACCCACCAACUGAAUUGCCCUCAUUACCCCCAUUUCCCACCAGCGUAACAGAAUUGUGGGAUUCAGUUAAAACUUCGGUGACAUCUCUUGUAUCUGAGAAGCCAGAAAAUCCUGAUGAAAAAGGAGAACUAAAAGCAGAGAAGUUGGCCAAAUCUGAGUGAUCAGAGAAGUUGAGUGUCUUCUUCGUCCUGUUGUAAUUUAAAGAAGACUAGAAACAUUGUAAAUAACAAAUAAAUAGUUUUUUUUUAUUGAA